UCGUUAUUCCCCAUCGUCGGGACUCAACAAGAAAAUGGCUCCCUUCGGAUCUCUUGACCCGACGCUGAUCACGCCAGUUCUACUAUUAUCAUGAUGUUACAAGUCAACGUGUUGAAGCCGCCGAAAAUCUGAUAGUCCGUUAGUCGAGCCUGUCUCAGAAGUAGCACACUAGGAGAACUCGAAGAGAAGCAAGUUUGGUAUAGAUAGUUAUUGUACCAACGCGUUCAUUUAUGAAUGUUAAUCGGUAACUAGAGUCAAGCAACCUUAGUGUUGCCACCACUCGCAGUGUAUCUAGGACUUCGAUAGAAAGUGCCCACAGAAUCCGACCUUAGGACCAAGCUUAGAAGGUCGUUUGAGCGCAUCACUCGUUUUAUUGCGGUCACAGCAUAACACGCACCAAUCGAACCCUUGACGACUUAUUGCCAAGUUAUUCUUUUCACUAAACCCACGUGACGACUUUCCUCGUAUUCGCUGUAAAAUAUGGAACGAUCAAGAAUGCCGGAAGGAACAUGAUAAGGAUACAAAGCGAGGAUACCUGUAACAGCUUUAUGCAGGAGGUCAAAAUAGCACCAGCAGAAGAAAUCCAAAGUGAAAAAUCAUUGCUCAAGUAACGUCAAUCAACACCAUGGGGUAGGGAUCCGAGGGCCAAAGAGUGAUAUCAAACGCGAUGGAUAAGUGAUUCCGAAACGGCCCGUAGAUUCUAGCAUUAGGACCUUAGCACACAUUAGAACGAAAGCGAGACAAAAGUAAUGAAACUAGCAAGCAAAGGCAGGUGAAUACGCAGCGUUUGCCUGUUUUUUCUUGCUUGUCAACCACAGCUAGACCUGAAGCAACGGAAGAGAAAAAAAAACUUGACUUACAAACAACUGGAUGACCUCAACGAUAACAGCCUGCAUAGUACAGUACGAUAACCGCAUUUCGUAACAUAUUGUAACGCUGAACAAGAAACUUCACACAGUUAUACCAGUAUGAUGAAAACUAUGCUAUAAAUGCGUAUGCCCACUAUGCUAUAUUGUGCCUACUUAACGGAUCUUCGAAUGGUAGAAUCAAAUCCCAAUUCUCGUUCUAUCACUAAUACGAGCACCAGAACUCACAAAUAAUAAUUAAGUUCACAAACUUGCUAGUUGUCCAUGUUCACCUACUCGCGUUGAUUCUUGAUACAGGCUUUGUUCAAACGUGUAGGAGAAGGAAGGUUAGUCGGAAGUAAACGCGCGGGAGGUCGCUCGCGCCAACGAUUCCUGUCGUGUUCCUGUCGUACCGUGUGUGUUUGUAUAGAGUCGACGAGAGGAUUAACCUUACGCAAAUAGGCACGAAUAACGUACUUGCCAAGCUCUUGCCUGCAGAGACGAGAUCCUACCAGUACAUUUACGAAGAGUACCAUGCAGUGAGGUUCAUCGCACAGAUGAGCUGAUUUACUGUAGAGACGGACAAAAAAAGGGAACGAAGGUUCGCGAACCCGGCGGUGUGUCCCUCCAACCCUGCCGGAAAUUAUAAUUAAUUUUAGAGUGGCUUCUUUUACUCUUACCAUUUCUACGGCCUGUUAUGCAGAUAUAACAUGAAAACAUCGUAGUUUAAGCUUCAACGUCGCAUUGUAUUCGAUCACCUCGUCUAGAGCGUUGUUGCUUGUUAAUUGUAGGUCUAUUCCCACUAUCUGUCUUUAACACUCUCGCUUUCGACCAGUAGGAGCCUAAGUCGAUCAGGUACAAACAACGGGAAACGCAAACGGAAGCGACUUCUUACGAGAUGUCAUCGAGCGACCAAAAAGCCGAAAAGAAACCGGUGAUACAAAAAUCAGUUAAGAUAAACAAUAGUCUUUUUUUCAUCAGAGUGAAGGCCCCUAUUCAGUCUAAAAAUCAGUAACAGAAAGCAUACAUUCUUCAGUAAUCUAACGUACUUACAGCUUCGUGGAGGAUAGAGAAUCGACUUGUUUUGAAAAACAGCGUAUGAAGCAUUGCCUCUAAUCGGGCAGUCCGAAAAGAUCUCAAUCACACAUGACAUUUAAUACGGCUCGAGCAGAAGUAACCCUGCAAUCUAUCAUCCUCAACGAGUGAUUAACAAAAAAAUCUAUAUAUGUUAAUCCAUUGUACGGGACAUCGAACAAAUAACGACGACGAGGAAAAAGAAGAAACGACUGACCCAUUAAACGAAAGAUCUUACCGAAGUCAGGUGUAUGUAGCAGCGUCAAGCUAAGAUUGUGAGCGUUUCGUGGAUAUAAAACCGAGUCAUUCGGAGAAACCUCUACAAAGACCAACGCGUACUGUAUGAUACUUCGACGGCAAUAAUACCAUUAGCAACACUGUGUAGUAAUAAAAAUGGGAACCCGUGCGGCGGCUUUUACAGCGAAGGUCAAAAACUUAACGGAGUUCCAUUCGCGUAUCAUGUACGGGCCGCCACCCUUACCAUCCGGAGUUGACGUCUCCAACACACUCAAAUACUUUUCGCUCACACUUCUUAGCGUGCUCAAGGAUGUACCUACGAUUCCCCUGGAGAUGCUGCGUUCAACCGAGAAGGAUCACGCACGUAUCAGCCUCUUCCCCAGCCUCGACUAUAAGGCCCUGUAUCAGGUGCUCGUUCACCUACUCGACUGUGUGCCUAUGACUACAUGUGGAGCACACUUAUUGGGACAGACGAUCCUCAAUACGAUGGCAUGCCUAGUACCAUUUCUCGAGCACGAAUAUAUGGAUACAUUGGGCUAUAUCGUUGCGUCUGCUUUGGCCCACUUUCCGACCAGUCUUCACAAAGAUAUUGUCGAUCUGCUCUGCAAUCACCUGCUGCCUGUUACGAUCACAAAUAACUCAGUGGGUAGUGGGAGCGAGCCGGAGGUGCCCGACUAUGCCAAUUUGUCGGUGGCCAGCAUCAUCAUGUUGGUAUUUCAGUACACCGAUCAGAUGGCUCAUCAGGCCCAGCUGCUCGAAUGUCUUCUUUCGUUGAAACGGGACAUAGUCAAGGACCUGCUGUGCGUGAUCGCGCACGGUACAGCUAAGGCGCGCCAUCCAGCCGUCGAAAUGCUCUUCCACUACUGGCCAACGCUGAAUCCUACGCUAAGGGACAAGAAAUUCGCUCCGCCACCCGGCCUAGCAGGUGGAACGGCGAGCGGCUCAGGCGGAGCCGCGGGGAGCGGAAUCCAAUGGAAGGCACAACAGUGUCAGAUGGAAAAUUGCAUAGGGGCGGCCACCGGGAAUAAUCAAGCUAUAAAGAUCUGUCUUGAUCAUUCGGUAUCAAUUUCGUCCGGUGAGCGACCUCCUCCACUGCAUGUAUGCCAAGCGUGCUCCGACCAGAUCCGUGGAGAGCACGCCAAUGCCAACUCGUUUCUCCAGCCGUGCUUGCUUCCGCUUAACGAGAUCUCGCUUCAAUGCGAAAACAAGAACUGCGUUUCCAAAGACAAGACAGCGACAAGUACGUGCUUCUCAACGGAGUGCGCCUCGCAAAAUGGCAACCGGCCACAACGUCUCUGUGGGCCAUGCACCCACAUUCGACAUCCGGUCGGCCAUGGCCAUAUCGUGCAUCGUAACUUGCCCAGUCCCUGGGCCAUGGAUACCGAAACACAAAUGUUCUUCGUUGAGGCUGUUGUCAGUUUGUUGAAAGAAGCACAGCCAAGCACUGAAAAAGGCUCAAAGGAUUCGACAACGGUCGACAGACGAGCGGGUGUUACUCUACAGAGUAACGAAGGUGAAGAAAGUUCUGAGCGUUUAGCCCAGGAGGAAAGACAGCUGCUUAGUAGAUAUGGCAUCUGGUUACUCGUCGGCCUGUGUACCCCAGACGAGAAAACACCUCCCGACACGCUAGGGCGUUUAUUGGGAAUGCUCUUCCAGUGGUUCCAUUACACAGCUUGUUUGCCUGACGAUCAGACAGGCAACUCACUCGAACGUCUAAAAACCGAGUACAUCAAUGGCUGGUUGAUGGACAUUGUGCGCACACAUUUCGAUGUAUUUGUCUCAUGUUUGCUACCGCAUCCUGCUGAAUAUGCGCAAGUUGGUGGCCAUUGGGAUGUGUGGCCCUCGCAGACGGAGCACAUUAAAGAAGGCUUCCGUACACUCCUAUGCCUUGUGCCUUAUGAUAUCAUUAACAGACAGGUGUGGGAAUUUAUCAUGCCGUACUGGAUGGAGGCAUUUCGUUUCGAAAUUCCCGAAGCGGAGCUCGCAGAGCUGAAAAUCUUGCUCAGUAAAGUUCUCGAUCCGGAUCUCAGCCCGCUCGGUUUUGAGAUCAAACAAAUGUACAGCUUUCUUACGCAGCGUUUUGAUUGUACCUCUGCCCGGGUGCAAGAGCAAGCCUUAUUCUGGCUGCAGAUUAUCACCCAGCUAGAAGUGCCUGUCCCCUUAAGCCUUCUAUUCUCGAUGUUCAAACAAGGGGUGGAAUCAUCAAAGAAGAACCACGAGGAAGUCGUGUCAGGUUCCCACGCGGACGCUGCAAACCAACGGACACCAAAGUUCCAUCCGGUACGCCAGGACACAACGGGAACGAUGCUAUCCUCCCUGGGCCUCGACGGUUUACCGUCGUCCUGUUUCCCACAGGAACUCGCCCAGGAAGAAAAGCCCGAUGGCGAAGUUGAGAUCAGUUGUCAUAUUCUUAUGUUAGAUAUACUCAUUAAGCAACUUGAGCUGCAGGAGAUCAACAACCAUAAAGGGUUAAACACGAAAGAGAGUAAAGAAAUGCAGAAGCUCAUCCGAGAAAUGCUCACUUGUGAAUGGGUCCGCGCGCACAACUGUACUCCGCACACUACCGAAGAAACAGGCUCUCAGGUGUUGGACCUUGGCUGUGUCAACUGCGAGCUAAACUCUAUUUGGUUCCAACUUGCGUUGUCCAUCUGCGAGUUCAUUUGCCCCGUUAUGGAGGUCGCGAUGGCCGAUAUACCUGGGGAUCACACCUCAAUACCUCGAACCCCUAAAGAGCACCACGCGUCAUCGGGUUUUGGUUCGGAAAGGCACCGAUCGAUGACGAAAAAGGAAAAAGAUAGUGAUUUUGUGGCGAUCAAUAUUGAAGACCAACAGAUCACCAGUGGCCUUUCAGUAGCCGGUGCCAAAGUGCACACUGCCCAAGUAACAGAUGUCUCUGGCGAAACCGUUGCGGCCUUGCCACAGGAACAAGUAAUGCAGGCUAUCGCAACAGCUGUCACUCUUACAGAAGACGACGUUCCCGAAGCCAAGGUUACCGUGGCUGCGGCCAUGUUGUUAGACGAAAACGACAAACAGGUUCCCGUGCAGGAGGACAGCGAAGGCUUCUGGGUGACCAGUCAAGGAAAGUUUAAGAUCAAUCUCGAAGAACUGCCACCUCAUCUUUCGCUUGUGUACCACCUUCUUCUAGAGAUGACACGCCAGUCAAACACCGAUGUGCUCUAUCAUUUACUGCACUGCCUGAAAUUGUUAUGCCUGCAUGCCGAAGUACUCAAUAAGGCUGCCCACGACCAUCGGGGUUUCCUAUUAUGGUGUCAAGAAAAUCUCUUAGUUGUCAAUUUAUGGAAGCUGCUACAGGCGGAAUGCUCACAGAUCGCACGCUUAUGCGUUCCUCUGCUAUUACAUUGUGUCACCCUGCCAUCGGGGAUAGAUCAGUUUUGGCGCUGUGUUGAAAAGGACUUUCAUUCGGAAUCCUGGUUAGAUAGGUUCUCUGCUGUGGAAAAAGUGACAAUGAUCGGACAUUUCAUGGAGCCGGCUACGGUGCGCAACAGUCCUCUAUUGCAAUCCUCGCUGGCAAAUGCUUUUUGCUAUCUGUGUCAUUGCAUGGAUGAUAUCAAUUCGGCCGUCGCCCAACGGGCGCUGCUUUGCCUGGACACAAUAAAAACGGUGUCGUUAAAGUUAUUUAUCUGGUGCUUAGAAGCCCAGUUCGAUACUGUGGUCGUAGACCGACCGAUGAUCCUGCAGACAAUUUUCCAGUUGUCAAGCCAUUUUUCGGAGCGACGAUUCCUCUCUUGGGAUUUCUUUUUGAACCGUUUUGACGCAUUAUUCAUGGAAGCCCAGAUACUAAUGGAACGAAAUGGAGAGAUCGCAUACACCCGAGAUUUGAAGAACAGCAACAAGAACAGCGAAGUGUUUCAACGGAAGCUAACCCGAGCCCAGGAAGCUCUGUCGUUGAGUAGAACCAAUAGAAGCUUAACGUCCAGCCUAGCGACCAAGUAUCCCUAUAAGCGGACUAUGUCGGCGCCCGGUCUCCUGCGGGCAUCGGAUCCAAAGGGACAACAUGAUAAAGAGAAGAUUCAUAGCAGACAAUGCUCGGCGCCAGUUUUGAAAAGAAAGAGCUCGCGCCUGUCAACAGGCCCAGCUGCGGGAAUGGCGCUUGUAAUGGCAGCUACCAUCCCUACUCAACACUUUCCAAACAGCUUCUUCCAAGGAGAUCCCGGUCAGAAGGAGGCGGCUGAGGAGAAACAUUUGCUUCAGGUGAUGCAACGCACCCUGGAAAGCGAUGAUCUCAAUGAUCAGGAUACCCUUCAUAUGCUGGUAUUUGUAUUCCUAGAGUUUCUGUCCCGCCCAGACCCCUCACACCCAACGGAGGAGAAAAGUAUGGCGCGCUCACAUUCGAUAGUUCUGGCCCACCUGAACAUCCUCAUGGGUUACAGCUUUCAGGAGCGUCAUUUUAUCAUAGGACCACAAAGGCUCAGGGUUUCCCCCGUAUUUAAUGCAUUCCUUUCACAGCUGGCCAAAGUGCUAGACCUGAAUCAUAAGAUGGCCGGCGUUCUUAUGCCAACCGUAAUGCCCGUUUUACUCUAUUGUCCAGCGCCGCAGAGGUCGUCUUUUAACACGGGCGCACAUCCGCGUCAUUCUCUCUGGCCGCUAGAUUUUACUCAGAGACGCGCUUGGCUCACAACUGUACUCGUUAUACUAUACAAGUUCGACUACACAACGCAACCGUUGUCUCGUCAAGUGAAACAUGUGAUACACAUUAUUCUUAAUACACUUCAGGCUCACAACCAUCUCUGUAAAAACAUUACAGACCCGUCUGUGUUCGAACCUGUCUCUUCGAGAUCUAAAGACAUAAUGACGAAUGAACUCAACGCAGCGCCGUCAGGGGGCGAUUUAAGCGGCGUUUUACAGAGCGAAGACGCUAACGGAGGACCAACAACCCAAAACGGGCAGGAUCGCGAAUCUGCGGGAACGCCCUCCGAUCGACCUGAUCGUAUGUUAACGAUAUUCGGUUCAGCCGGAAUAGUCGGUGGUGCUAGCCUUACAGCAGGAUCAUCUGACAGCCAAGCAUCAACAACCGCCGCCUACGCCCAUAAGCCACUCGCUAGACUAGACGCUCACGACCCUUCCAAACCUCACCCGCUACGCCUGGCCGGAUCCCCCCUACUGAUCACUAAAAGCGAACGGGAUAUAGACGAGCAGGUCGAGUUGGUCGAACAGGAACUCGAGGCUAUACCUGAGUCACCGAACGGGCAGUCCAAUGAGGGGUCAAAUGAGGUAACGGACCUUGAGCUGCCGUUACCCGCUUCAGAUCUGCUUGAACAGGCGGUCCUACGGGUCGUUAAGGACGCACCGCCUGGUAGUCUACAACUAACAAUUACUGAGCCGGCCUCGCACGUCCAUGAGAAUGCCAACGUAAACGUCGCCAAUGUCAAAGAGCUUCGGCUAAAGGAAACGGAAGAUACGUCACUACAGUCCACAAGCACUGUGGGAAUUAGUUGCCUUAGUAUUACGGUCGAUAGCACACGCCGAUUAACAGCGACCGUUGAAUCGAGGGAUCAGCGAGGUGAGAGGGAGGGCCGAGAUACGAUAGCAGAAAAAAGUUUCUCGGAACCAAUGGAAAAGGUAUUAGAUGAACGAGAUACAGCAAACCUUCUAAGCGGUCUAAGUUCCGCUGCAGUCACUAUAGCCAGUCACCUGGCUGGUUCCGGCGUCGUCGCGGGUAAGAAACCUGUAACGGGAACCAGCCUAGAAAUCGGCAGUAGCGACGAGAAAUCUCUGCAGCAGAUGCAAACCGAUACGCAACAGCACAGCGUAUCGCGGCUAUCGCCGCCACAAGCGCGACAACAAAUGCAAGAAGCCUUGCCGAAAACUUCUACUAAUAGUAGUACUAGCUUCGUUACUUCACAGCCACUUGAAGCCCCGAAAGAACAGAGGGAGUUGAGGGACCGGGAGCCGUUUUGUGCCAAACGUUCGUUGGAUGCUUUCCAAGCAGGCCAUGGGACCGCUCUAGCCGAGAGCCUAAGUUUAGCUCAUGGGCCAGCAGGGACAGCUACAGCAGCCGCGGCCAUCGCAGUUGUAGCAAGGGUUAGUUCUGUCGCUGGCGCAGGCCCUGGUUAUGGACCGGGUGCUGCUGGCGCUACGAUCGCCGGAACAUCAGCGAUCAGCUAUCGGGAAAAGGAGGUUGUAUAUAGGACACGGUCAGAGCAGGCCCCUGCCCCGCCGGGCAAGCCGAUGCCGUCUUUGCCAUGCGUAGAGCGACUUCUGCCAAUAGGCGGCCCUCAACCUAGCGUAGGCAGUAAGGAUAGAUUCGAUAGGUUUGAUAGGGACACAAAUAGUAGACAGGACCGAAGAUUUCCCUUCGACCCUAGCAUGCGGCUAACACAGAUGCUCGCGUCAAGGGGGGCUGGCUCCAGUAUAGAAAUUCCUUCGCUAGAACGACUUCUGCCCGUCGGUCCUAUGCCUACGAGACGAGAGGGAGACUUCUCCCACGGCCGUAGCGUCCCGGGCUCGCCGGCUCGGCAGAGGCUGGGCAGCCAGGCAGCCCCGACCGGCUCGACAAUAAGCCUAGGACCAUCAGGAUCAGCGACAGCAGCCUCUUCAUCCCUCAGGAGAGAUGUGGGAGAACAUACGAUGUUAUCCGCUGUUCAUGCGGCAAGCAACACACAGUCAAAUAAUGUGACCGCUACAACUAUUGCCACAACUACAAAUUCUACUGUAAUGAUAGAUAUAGCCCACUCGCUUAGCACCGUCAUUUCUACAAGUUCUACCGUAACCACAACUACGUCAGCUACUCCAUCCGUAAGUACGGCCGCUGACGGCUACGCAAUCAAAACUAUAGCUAUCAACUUCGACGUAAAGGACACGUCAUUCACUCGAGAGCCAGUAAGCUCGACUAGCAAGGCACAAAUCGAAGACGACAAAAUGAUUAUCGAACCACUCGAACGAAAAAUGGAUAUAGGCGAAUGUAAAGACGAAGCCGAUUCUAACAAGAAGCAGGACAAUCGUAAGGAUGAGAAAAAGAAAGACAAGGAUAAAUUCGAAAAAGAUGAAGAGAUCUGCCAAAAAUUCGAGAAGGAGAGCAGGAAAGAAUAUAAACGUGACGUUGAUAAAAAGGACAAGAAAGAAAAAUCCGUUACGUUAUCACAGGACGAACAGAGGUGCGCAGUUUUGGCAAUUCCUGAAGAAGAUGAUUAUAGUAAAGGGGCUCAUAUCGAAGAAAGCAGAUCGAAACUACACUACAAACAACGAAAGCAGCGCAGGGCAGCUGAGGAUGCUCAACGAAAAUACGAUGCGAAAUCGGCGGCACAGCUGAGACGCUCGCGCAAGAUUAACGAGGUCAACUUUCAAUCGCAGCUAAAUGCUUCAGGAACCUCGAAAAGAUCUAGCUCGGUGUCCUCGUCCAGCGCGCCGCGUCCUCCAGACGAUUUGGUGAUGGAUCGCUGUCCCGAUUGUGGAGCUCUUAUCGAGCAUUAUGCCCACGAUGAGAUUGGGCUAUGCAUUGUCGCCCUGGCGACGUACGUCCAUCGCGAGCCAUCUCUUGCUGCCCCUAUUCUGCCCAACAUCUUGAGGGCGGUCGCGAAGAUCGCACAGCAGUUUUUCUACCCCUGGCAGUCCGAACGCAAUACCCACCUGCCAGGUGGCUGUAACAGCGUUGCUGGUCAGUUCAUACGCUGCAUACUACAUCGCCUUUCAGCUAAUGGAAUCUUCAUCCAGAUAUUUCAAGGACAUUUUGAUCGAGAGUUCUUCAAAGUGAUGGCUUCAGCACUCGCGGACUUCAAUGAACUCAACCAAUUGCAACCACUAACGAUCCUCUUCGAAGAUUUAAACGAACGCAAGCAGCUCUGCCGUGACCAGACGCUGCAUACCCUAUCGAAUGUAGCCACCUAUUUGGAAGCGUUACUGCUACCUUCGGCCGAUGGCACUCUCUUGCAACAGUGGUCCGGAUUUCUUGUACAACUUGACACGCUACUUAGGCGAGUCAUUCUCAUCCUCGCAACCAGCCAGCCACAGGCUGCAUCAGGCGGUAACACGUCUGGAUCUUCAAUGACAUCCCUGAGUUGUCUGCUACGAAUCAUGACUUCGGUAUUUAAGGUUCCCGUAAUUAACGCGUGUAAAACCAUUUUGGAGCCGUUUUCAAAGAUACUCGGCCAUGCGAUCGAACAUUCUUUGGUCAGCUACCAACAAGUGCUCGAGCUCUGCCAUCUUUGCUACAAGAACAUGUCUAGGGAACGGGACAAAUGUGUACUAAGUCGCACCGUCGUAUUCGAGUUGGUGCAAGCGCUGAAAUUUAAAACGUCCAUUCCCGACGAAAACCUGCUCAUGCUGGUGCAAUUUGUACUGCAGGACGCGGGGGGGACCUUGUGCCCCAACGUCAUACUUGAAGACGUUCCACUGGCACCACACGAAUUGCAAUCAAUCCAGUAUAAUACCAAUGCAGCGGAGUGCCUUCGGCAAAACCUGGCCGACGCAAUUGAGUUUUUGGCUGACGUCCAUACGCUCAGCCGUAUUCGAAGCAACUUUCAUGGCAUAGCUUCGCGACUCAACGAGGAAACUUUGGGAGGCCAACUUAAAGCCGGUGUUGCCCAGUACCUCGCGUUGGAAAUCACUAAAGGUAACGGUAGGGAAAACAGAGCAAUCAGCAAGUAUCUCCCCUGGCUCUACAAUCCCCCUUCAUCGACGCAGCAGGGCCCAAAAGAGUUUACCGAAUGUGUUGCUCAUAUCCGUCUCCUUUCCUGGAUUCUCGUCGGAGCUCUCACCCACUCUGCGCUACUGGGUGGCCAGCACAGUCAUUCCGCAAUCACGUGCCAACCCAUUCCGCUCGAAGCGAACGGACACAUCGCCGAACAUAUUCAGGUGAUUUUGGCCGGGUUUGCCGAACAAUCUAAAGUCUCCGUCCUCCAUAUGUCAUCACUGUUCCACGCCUUUAUUCUUUGUCAGUUGUGGACUAUGUACUGCGAGCACAUGGUCUUUCUAAAUCCACCGGGAUCGGAGCAGAACCAAAUGUGCAUCCUAACGCUGACGGACUUCUGGGUGAAGGUUACCCCGGGAGUUCUUCAGCUUGUGUGCCACUCCAAGUUAGCAGACAUGGUCAGCUUGCAUUUCCUCAGCCUCAUGGAAGCCCUUAUGGAAUGCAAUUCCACAGUACUGGCAAGGCUUCUUCCAAUGUGGACCCCGGCGCUGUAUUCAUAUCAGGGCCAGAUUCCGAAUCAACUCAAGGUCCGGCUGCAGGCCUGUCUCGACUGGGUUCCACCUUUACAAACUCGUGAAGAAGCCACAUUUGUAUCCACGACCUUCCUGAAGUGGCUACAACGCCUCCAAUUUAAGAUGGGCCAGAUCGAGUUGCAGUCUUCUACCGCCACACAAUUCUACUCACUGUAAUAAACAAUUGCAGGACGUCAUAAUAGCAUCGGAUGCAAUGGUACCAUAGCAGAUAACAUUGAACAAAUAACGAACUCGAAAAGCAACGGCAGAAGUCGCAGGCAGCAACAAAAACUUAUUAACUAGGUCUAAAUAAUGUUGGCCUCUAUCAUGGGGACCGUAUCUGAUGAAAAUGCACUGUCUCUGAGCAUGUGUGCAAAUGUUUGUAUGUAUAAUGUUUCAAAAAAAAGUAGAUGGAGGACCUUGCGGUCGACGCGUAACAAACGUUCCCAUUAGAUAUGAUACCAAGUGCGUUAGGCCAUGCAAAACGUCGAACGUGCUCUGCACGCAUCUACCGACCGCAAAGAAACCUAUCUACUAUGAGGCUUGUCGCCAAAACCAAUGCAUGGACACGAUACAACAAAAAUUAAUACGGUAUUUAGAACUUUAAUGUAAUAAUCGUGUGAAAGUGGUUGGUACACCGCUCAGAGUGAUAAGAUCGUUUAUACCCUUUCAGCACGACGAUUUCAGGCGAUAUAUAAGUCUGAGAUACAAUAGUCUAGUAAAACAAAAGAAGGACAAACGGUACCUUAUAAGCGAUUCUGCGAACUACACAAUUAUACGACAAAUAUAUACCUAAUAUAAAGAAAAUAUACCUGAUUGUUAUUGCCUUGAUUAGUGUGAGCGGUAGAUGCACGCUUGUCCUAGAAGGGCCUUCAAUUGUCGCGAUCUAUCUAUAAUUAUUAAGCGAUUACCCAUGAGGCUGUUGCAGCGUCUACGCGAUCCGUAUCAUCACUUGGAGUGUACAAAAUUUUUUAACAGGCAUCUUCACCGUAAUAAAGAUAAUUCUGAUAAGGCAAACAAGAAUUUAAUAAGCAGACAUUUAUACACGAUCCCUUUCAAGUGUGACUGUGGACGGCACUUAAAGGGUAUUCAAGCUGAGAAAAUCAGCAUUCUGGCUUGCCCCUUUGCUAGAUAUGAUAAUACUACAGCUUUAGUUCUUUUUUUUUUUUUUUUGCUUCAACUAGGUUAGUGAUGAAAUAUUUAAAUUGAGUAAAUAUAUUCGAGGCUUAUCUUCAAAACAGUUAGGACGCAUUGUUCUAUAUGCAUUUAUAUUCAUAGUACCUUGCCAGUCUUACCACGAUUACGUAGAUAUACAAAAUUCAUUUAAUACCCACGAUCGUGCUAUUUUUGUCAUCCUGCUUUUCGUACAAAGCUUUCGUGACAUUCAAAAAUAGUUCAAUCUUAAUAAAUAUGUCCUUUUAUAGAAAUUUGAAAAAAAAUUUGUAAAAAUACGUUUAUAUACGUCGAACGGUUUUGUUCUUUGUUCUGUCAACUAACAGUUGUUUAAUCUGAUUCGUUUAUACGCUAUUCUUAUAAUGUUUGUCUAUUAUAAUUCUUUUCACUUCUUCAAUAGUAUGGUGUGGUUUCGCCUACUAAUUCGUUAUCGUUUGUUUAUCGCGCCAUUAUCUAUCUAUGUCUAUAGUCAAUGCCUUAUCGCGUCUGUCAGCUCCGGUGUAGUAUUUGUGCCUAUACUAUGGUGCGAUAACUUUACUAAGAACAUCAAUAUAUAUAUAUAUAUAUUUUUUUUUAACUUUACUUCACUUGUAUAGUUCCUAUACAACACGAUACGAUGUCUCUCCGCGUGUUUUGCUUUUAUAGGACAUGCUAUUCUAUUGCUUCCUCUAUUCCAUAGGACUAACGUCAUAUGAAAUUAUGCAGAAAGCUAGUCACGUCUAUUGUUGCCUGUUAUUUGUUAAAUAACAGUAAUAACAGGCGAAUCUCCAUCCAUGAUAUAAUAGAAAGCGAAUAGUUUCUGUAAUGAUCAUUCAACUAUCAUUAUAAAGUUGUCGUAUAUGCUAGAGUUUGUUGUUAUGAAGCGUUUCAAUAAAUGCCGUGACGCGCACGUCGCAAUAGUGACUGUUCGUCAUAUAGUCGAAGGCGUUGUCUGUACGAAAGAGUUUACGUCCUAAAUACGCUACGGCUCUUACGGAAGUAACUUACUGAACUUUCGAUAUAACAUGUGUAUGCCCAAUGGCCUUUUCCCUGACAACAAAAAAAAAUUAGUGGCUGUCGAUAAAGACUUCGUACGACUACUGUGCUGUUCUUAAGGGCAAAUUUUGUGUGUUUUAUCUAUUGUUUCUAACAAGUUUAUCGAGUGAAUUGUGUGGAUUCAAUUAUUAAGCCCUUUUCG